GUCACGUGUACCGGAAAUGUGGGAAAAGAAAGCUAUUUUUGACUCCGAAUAUCUCUUGAAGUAGGGCAAAAAACAUACUAUUAUGUAUCCCAUUUUGUUUAUUGUAAUGUAUAGAAAUACUCAGGAAAAUAUGUGUACUCAAUGUUAGAUACUUUGCUGGUAAAUUGACGAUGCGCUAAGAUCUGCGCAGAAGAGUAAUUCUAAAUCCAACAUGGACGUCGGCGAAGUUCUUCAGUUUCAGCCAGAGAAGUCAUCUCUCAAGCGCAAGGCUGAAUUGGAAGCAGAGGAUGAAGCAGGCACCAUAUACAAGAAGAGGUUUGGGGGUAUCACAGAAGAUGAGAAAGAAAAGAUUAUAAAAAUGGUUGAAGAAGGAGGAGAGUCUGAAUCCCUUGAUGACACUUCUGUUAAAAGAAUGAUACUGAACUUUGAAAAACGUGUGUUCAAAAACCAAGAAUUGCGAAUCAAAUAUCCUGACCUUCCCGAAAAGUUCAUGGAGUCUGAGAUAGAGCUGAAUGAUAUGAUUCAAGAGAUGCAUGUAAUUGCCACUAUGCCAGAUAUGUACCAGAUCCUGGUUGAUCUCAAUGCUGUUCAGUCUUUACUGCAGUUAUUAGGACAUGAAAACACAGAUAUCUCCAUAGCAGUUGUUGAUUUAUUAAAAGAACUAACAGAUGUAGAAACAUUAAAUGAGAAUGAGGAAGGGGGCGCUGCUUUAAUAGAAGCCUUGUGGGAGGAUGGGGUAUUCAACACACUUGCAAUAAUGGAAAACAUCCUGGAGUUUAGACCAGAUAUUUGCUCAGAGGCAGCACAACAAAAUCUUUUAACCUGGCUGUUAAAAAGAUUAAAGGCAAAGAUGCCAUUUGAUAGCAACAAGUUGUAUGCCAGUGAAAUACUAGCAAUCUUACUACAAGACACUAUAGAGGUUCGAGAACUUGUUGGAGAGAAUGAUGGAAUAGAUAUUUUACUACAACAAUUAGCGGCCUAUAAAAGACACGACCCUAUAACCAGUGAAGAAACUGAAUUGAUGGAGAAUCUGUUCAACUGUGUGUGUUCCUGCCUGCUAUUCCCACUUAACAGAGACAAGUUCCUAAAGGGUGAAGGGCUACAACUGAUGAAUCUCAUGCUCAGGGAGAAAAAGAUGUCACGAUUUAGCUCUAUCAAAGUUCUAGACCAUUCUAUGACGGGACCUGAGGGUUCUGAUAAUUGUCAAAAGUUUAUAGACAUUCUUGGGCUCCGGAGUAUUUUCCCGCUGUUCAUGAAAACUCCAAAGCGAAACAAGAAGGGGGCCAGAGAGGAAGAAGUUGAGGAACACAUUGUGUCAAUCAUUGCCAGUUUGAUGAAGAACUGCUUGAGUCAGCAGCGGCAGAGACUUCUAAACAAGUUCAUGGAGAAUGACUAUGAAAAGGUAGACAGAUUAGUGGAACUUCACUUCAAAUAUUUAGACAAAGUGAAACUAGUUGAUAAAUCCAUUGAAAAGGAAAAGCAGGAGAUGGCUAAAUAUGGAGGAGAUGUGGAUGAAGAAUUGGAAGAUGAAUUCUAUCUCAGGCGGUUAGAUGCUGGUCUUUUUACACUACAACUUAUAGAUUAUAUAAUUCUUGAAAUAUGCGCAGCUAGUUUACAAGGGGUAAAACAACGAGUUUUACAAAUUCUUAACUUAAGAGGGGGUUCAGUGAAAACUAUAAGAAGUAUAAUGAGAGAAUAUGCAGGUAAUAUCGGAGAUGCCAGAGAUGAAGCCACAAAGGAACAAGAACAAGAAAAAAUAUUAACUUUACUUGACAAAUUCUGA